AAUAAUGUUGUUGGCUUUUUCCUAUAAAGUUUGCUCGAGUUUGAUGAUUAAAAUAAAAUAACAUAAUAUCCACUAAUAUGCCGCCACGUGGAUGAUGAUGGCGUGUUCUUUUCCCGGCGAUUAUUCCGACUCCAGAGUACCGCUCCAGCGUCUGGAGACGGUCCGGAUGCGGAUGGAUUCGUUGCAGAGCUUCCUUGCGGAAUCCGUCAACGGCAGCGUCAUCCUCGGUAAGGAUCAGAUGGACACGAUCUCGUCAGAGAUUGCGUCGGCGUUAGAACAGGUCAUCUUCGACGGCGCUGCUCUUCUAUCUUGUUUGCAGCAACCUUCACUACCGCCGGAAUCUCCAGCGAAGCCGUCUGGACGGGAUCCGGAUCAUGUGCUCCGGAUUCCGAACCCUAGCGAGAAAAGGGGCCACAAAAAACUGGAUGACUGCGACGUGAUUGAGCUCGACGCGGUGGAGAUUCUGGCGGAGCACGUCCACUUCUGUGAGAUUUGCGGGAAAGGAUUCAAGCGCGAUGCGAAUCUGCGGAUGCAUAUGCGCGCUCACGGUGACCAGUACAAAACCACGGAGGCGUUGUUGAAGCCGGCGGAAGCGCCGCCACGCGAUUUGACCGCCGGUCACCGGAAGAUUCUGUUCUCCUGUCCGCACGAAGGCUGCAACAGGAACCGGAGACACAAGCGGUUCCGGCCACUGAAAUCAGUGGUUUGUGUGAGGAAUCAUUUCAAGAGAAGCCACUGUCCGAAGCUCUUCUCGUGCCACCGUUGCCUGAAGAAGAGCUUCUCCGUCCUCGCAGAUCUGAAAACCCACCAGAAACACUGCGGCGAGUCAACGGCCAUUUCAACCUCCGCCGCCGUCGUCGCCGCCGCGCCCACCGCGCGAUGGCGGUGCUCGUGCGGGACGAGCUUCACGAGGAAGGACAAGCUGUUCGGACACGUGGCGAACUUUGAAGGACAUAUGCCGGCCGUUACGGCUUUGUCGAUAGCCACCGACACGGCGAAUGCAGAGGAAGGGACCGCCCGGUCGGGUCGUAGAGACGAGGCGUUUUCCGAUGAAUUGCUCGAUGGAUUUUAUCCGAUGCAAGGCUUUAGCUUUGAAGAUAUUCUGCAAUCUCCUGUCGGCUUCUCAUGUAAAGGUGAUCAUGAAUCUGAGAUUUUUACGUAUCUCUAACGAUCCCAAUAUAGGGUUUGAUUCAGAAUUCUAUGCUCAUCAUGUCUUUCGGGUCAAAAGAUUUCUUUUUUCCGUGGCGA